CUUCGAGGCAAGAAGAGACGCAGAAGCGAGACCAGAGAGUGACGCAUGUCGAUGACCUUGGAGAUGAGAUUUUGGUCAUUGGAGUUGAGAGUUCCGAUGGAGACUCUACUCCGACCAUCCUUCACCCAACCCAACCGCUUCCAGUUCAACCUCAAACUCCCCACCUUCACCCAACUCUUCGCUACAUGCCCCUGCCCACCAUUGAAACCAUGCUCACCUACCCCACCGUCCCCCAGUCAGUCUAUGAUACCCUCGCCCGUGGCGAGGGUCGUGUAUCUAUAUCUCCUAAACAACGCUCCCGUACUGGUUCUAGUUCCUCCAGUUCAUCCAUUUCCUCUACGUCUUCUUCAAAACCCUCCAUAUACGCCUCAUCCGAGGCUAACAAAGAGGAUUGGCAUGAGUCUGUCGAGCAGACUGAUGCCUGGGGCCAGCCGGAUGAAGCUAGCGAGCUGCAGGGCACCGUAACGUAUGGAGCCGCAGGCAUUGCUGUUAGUCCGAGAGCUAUGCGCGCUGGGUAUAGCUUGGGCGGGUAUUGGGGCAGGCCGCUGUCCAAGAUUGAGGAGAGCGAGGACGAGGCGAAGGGGCGGGAGAUGCUGUAGAGCAUUGGUUCGACCUUCAUACUGGCGCAUAGUAUCUCAUCAGCAACACUCAUUACUGUACUUCAGUUGUUUAUGUGUCUUUUCGUGGGACUUCACUCGUUUGCAAGGGGUAUUCGGGAGUCUUGCUGUACGCAGAAUUGGAAAUGAAAGCUUCUCGUUCAGAGCUUACCCAGGCUCAUCG